AUGCGUUCUUUUGUCUCUGUAGUGGCCGUUGUUGCUCUGACCCCGGUGGUCUUUGCGCAAGGGCCGAAGAUCAACACGGUAAUGAACCCGACUCAGUGCGAGCCUAUACAGUUCACGUGGCAGGGGGGUGUACCUCCCUACUACCUGUCUCUCGUACCCGGUGGUCAGCCGGGUGGUCAACCGAUCAGGCAGUUUCCGUCUCAGUCGGGUAACAGCAUGACGUGGACGGUGGACGUUCCUGCGGGCACGUCCUUCUCGAGCUCGCUGAGGGACAGCACCGGCGAGCAAGCGUUUUCUGACAUCCAGACGGUCCAGCAGGGUCCCGAAAGCGGCUGCCUCAACGGAAGCUCUACUACGACUAUGCCGAUGACUGGCCCCACGGGCACGAACUCGGACACCUCUGCUGCGUCCACUGAAACUGCAACGACGGCGUCCGUCGGGGCUGGUGCCCAGAAGGUCAUCUCCACCACGGCUGCAUCGGCGUCGGCAACGAUCACGGGGACCGUCGCUCACGCUGCCUCCUCGGCAUCCACGACGACUGCCACUGCCACGAGCAGCAACGCUGCGAGCCUGCACACCUCUGUCGGCGCGAUCGGCUUUGCGGGACUGCUCGGUCUGGUCGGGGCCGCCCUCCUGGGAUGA